UGACCGUUGAAAGAUUUUUAUUAUUUUAGAAGAAACACCAGGACAAAGUUUGUAAAAAAAGGAAAAAAGAUUCGUUCUCGCUCACGAAUUCAAUCCCACUCAUCCCCUUCUAUUCUCACGAACAAUUACUCUUACUGACCUUUUUCAAUCCAGAUGCUAAAACAAUCAUCCUUUAUCCAACACAAUCACCACUUAAAAUUCCCUUUUUACCCCUCUUUCAACCCCCUGAUUCCUCCGCCUCCGCCACCGCCGCCUCCGCCACCGUGCUAAUCGAAUUUAUGUAUAUCAUUCAAUUACCGGCCUCAAUGUUUCUCGGUUCAGGAAUCUUUCUCGGCGCCGGUUAAAAUUAUUAGGAUUUUGCUAAAUGCUGCUCCCUGGAGUUCUAGGGUUUCACGGCAUCCUCGUCUUUUGUUUGCUUGUUUUUGGCCUUGUAAUUCGACAAAAAUGGAGGGAUGCAGCUGUCAGGAAGCUGGAGGUUACGAAUCUCCUCAAUGCGGUCGCCGAGGAGUCGCUCAUGGUGGAAUCCGAAGCAGCAAGUCAGUACAAUUGCAUGCCGGGGUUCUAUCAAUGUGCUGUGUGUUUUCUUCCCACGACCACGCGUUGCUCCCGUUGCAAAGCUGUUCGCUACUGUUCUGGAAAGUGUCAAAUUAUUGACUGGAGACAAGGCCACAAGGAUGCAUGUUGUCCUUUGAUUACUACCAUGCCAUUGAGAGAGGAUGUUACAACAUCCCAAAAACAGUUAGGGCGUUAUGAUAAUGAUUCUGAGAUAGAUAAUGAAGGCACUGUUUCUUUUGAAGCUGUAUCAGUGAUGGAUAAUGACAGUAAUCUCAAGCCUUGUGCAGAUGCAGAAGGAACACAUUUUAAUUUUCCAUCUAUCUCAUCGGCGGCUGGGUCUCAUAUGACCAGAUUCAGGAAUGAAUUUGAUGAUGUAUCUCCUAAUGGAGUAUCUGAGUCUGGCAAUAUUGACAGACUGGAGAGACCUAGUGCUGAUGCUGUUUCCCCUUGUAUGCUUGGAACAAAGACUAGAGUCAAGAAGAUGAAACAGAAAAGGUCACCAUCUUCAGAGUUCAUCAAUUCAGUUGCUAACAUAGGUGCCACUUCUUGUGCUAGUAAAUCAAAUGCUUUGAAAUUGAGUCAUAAUGAUGAAGAGGUUAACUUCAGAUCGCAGCUUCCCAGUGGGAAGGCCAUGCCCGAUAAUGUCCGAUUGGGAAAACUGGGUGAUAAGAAGCCUGUUGGAGGAGGUGCUUCUCCUGAAUUGUUAAUUAAAGACUCUUCUAAAUCCAAGAACUCUUUAUCUGUGAGUGGUUCAAUGCUAGAAUCUAUAAUUAAAGAUAGUAAAGAUGAUUCUACUCUCUCUAAGGGCAAAGAUGUUAAAUCUUCAUCAUUAACUGCUCCUCGGACAUCUUCAGCUUCAGCGGGUCAAUCACACAGCAUUUCGAAGUCUCUGUUGCCCUCAAAAAAUUAUAAUAUCCCAAGCCUGCCACAAAAUGCUUGUCAUGGGUUCAAAACAUCAAUGCAGAAGGUUGUACAGCAGUUUAGAGCUUUCAAACCAUCAAAAUCUCAUAUGCUUGGUUCAGAGACUGAGGUUGCUGAAAAUUACAAUGAGAUGACAAUAUUUCCGUAUGAUCUGUUCGUGAAACUCUACUCUUGUGAUAAGGUGGAAUUAUCUCCAUUUGGCCUUACAAAUUGUGGAAACAGUUGUUAUGCUAAUGCUGUGCUCCAAUGUUUGGCAUUUACUCAGCCAUUGGGUUCCUAUCUUGUUCAAAGGCUCCACUCCAGAGCUUGUCGAAACAAAGAGUGGUGUUUCAUUUGUGAGUUUGAGUGCCUAAUUCUGAAGGCAAGGGAGGGAAACUCUCCUGUGUCCCCCAUAGGUAUACUAUCCAAGAUUGAAAAAAUUGGAAGUCAUCUUGGUCAUGGGAGAGAAGAAGAUGCUCAUGAAUUUCUAAGGUAUGCCGUUGAUACAAUGCAAUCUGUUUGCCUCAAGGAGGCUGGGACCAAAGGAAAAUUGGCGGAAGAAACAACUUUAAUAGGCUUGACUUUUGGGGGUUUCCUUUUAUCUAAGAUAAAAUGCUUGAAAUGCCACAGUAAAUCUGAGCAGUGUGAGCGGAUGAUGGAUCUAACUGUUGAGAUAGAUGGAGACAUUGGAACACUGGAAGAUGCUCUUGCCCAAUUUACAGCUACUGAGAUCUUAGCUGGAGAGAACAAGUAUCAUUGUGACAGGUGUAAAUCAUAUGAGAAAGCCAAAAAGAAGUUGAUGAUAUUGGAGGAGCCAAAUAUACUUACUGUUGUCUUGAAAAGAUUUCAGCCUCGAAACUUUGGGAAGUUGAAUAAAUCAGUUCAGUUCCCAGAUGUCCUCAGCAUAGCUCCAUAUAUGAGUGAAACUGGCGACAGAUCUCCUGUGUACAGUCUCUAUGCAGUGGUCGUGCACUUGGAUGUUAUGAACACUGCACUUUCUGGUCAUUAUGUGUGUUAUGUAAAGGAUUCUCAUGGGGAGUGGUUCAAAAUUGAUGACAGCACUGUUACGCCUGUAGAAUUGGAGAAGGUCUUACUGCAGGAGGCAUACAUGCUGUUGUAUGCAAGUUCUCUUAUUCUCAGGCUCUCUCCAAGGCUCCCAACUUUGAUGAGAAAUAACAAGUUGUCUCAUAGUGUGAAGCUAAAGAGAAGGAGUUGGGAAGCUGUUCCUUCUGACCAUAAUGCUUCCAAACAGAAAUCUAAUUUUGAUGCUCCAGCUUCACAAAAGUUAGAUUUAACCAGCAAUCAGAUGCCUUAUGGAGAUGAAUGGAGAUAUCCUUCAAUGCGAAGAAUUCCAACAGUAGAUUCCUUAAGUGAAAGCUCUUCCAUUUUCAGCUGGUCUGACGCCAGUUCUUGCAGCACAGCUAGUACGAAGGAUUCUUCAAGGAGUGAGGACAUUACUGAUUUCAUAUUUGGAGAAAUGGGACCUAGCUGGUACAGCCGCUAUGGGAAUUUACCAAACUCGGUUACAUCUUCCUCUCAAAACUUUGACGUAGAUUCAUAUGACUGGAGAGACGGAUGGAGACCAGAUGGAAACCUUGAAAAUUUACAUUAUGAAAAGUUAAGUCACCGGUUUGUCAGUAAUAGCUGUAAGGGCAGUAAUUCUCACAAAGUAAUCUGGACUAAUCCUUAUGAUCCAAGAUUAAGGAGAGCAAGUGAGAAUACAUCAGCUCAAACGUUUUAUUGAGGUUUGAGUUGAUAAAAAUUAAGCAAGCCUCUUGGUAUAUUUAAUUAAAUAUAAUGAGGAAAGUUAAUUAUUAGUUGCCUCUGAA